UGAUUAGUCGAUUUGCAGUCUUAUAUUUCAUCAGAAUGCUCUUAAGUUCCCUGUUUACAUCAGAAACUGUUGCUUGUGGAAGGCAGCAUGUAGUUGUAUCCCUGCUGCUAAUGUUUCUGAUAAUAGAGUCACCCACUAUCAGAGUCCUGGGCUCGGCUGCUCUAGGAGCUGAGUGCCGCUGACUGCUCGAACUUGAGCGGCAGUUAGCAUCGGUGUUAGCUGCUGGCUGAUUUGAUCUGUGUCCGAUCAUGUUUGUGGAUUUCAUACCCACAUUUAUCAUGUCUGGAGAUUCCUCACCCACAUUCAUUAACACUUCAAAUCUGUUCUCCAGAUGUAUUGGCGGUGGUAGGGAGCUAGUGUUUGGGGUAGAGGAUGCAUUAAUAUGUGAUACUCGUGACAAUCUGAUGUCUCGAGUGCCUUUGGGUCUCGCUCCCUGUUUGUGCCAUCGAUUAAUAUGUUGACCAAUUUCGGCACUCAGUACGGUCUGUUUAGGGGCAUUAGAUUCAUGGGACUCACCGAAUGUGUGCUGAAGAUGUCCAUGACGAAGCUCUGUUGUGUGUUCCGUCUGGUUUGGACGGAACACACAGUGUAAACAGUUUGAGAAGACAAGACACCGGGAGAAGGUGAACUUUCUAAAGGAGAAAGCUAUUUGCUUUGGUUGCCUACACAUUGGGCAUCAAAGCCAGGAGUGUGCAAGGUGCUUAAAUUGCAAGACAUGCUACCAAAAGCAUCCCAGUGUAAUGCACAUACACUUCAAAGAUUAAGUGGAUAAAGCUGUUAACACAAAUGGUGAUCAUCAGAUGGUACCAGCUGUACCAACAGUAAACAACACACUUGUGUUAUCACAGGCAUGUAAUCAUACAGGGGCCGGGAAUAACAGUGGCAUCCUUCCUAUUCUUCCAGUACAAGUUAAGUCAACAAUGAGCAACAAAGUCGUCCAGACUUAUGCUUUUUAGGAUACAGGUAGUAUUUCUACAUUUUGCUCUGAGAGUUUGAUGAGAAGGUUGAAUCUAAAUGGACGAAAGACAAAGAUCUCAUUACUUACAAUGAGCCCUAAGUCAACUGUUUCAAGCUAUGUUGUCAAUAAUUUAGAGAUUUCAGGCCUCACUGGAAAGGAGUUUUAUAAGCUUCCAGAAGUCUACACACAAAAUAAGAUGCCCGUGGGCCCAGCUAACAUUAUCAAAAAGGAGGAUUUAGCUGAGUGGCCAUACAUAGAUGCUGUUCAUAUUCCACACCUUCAAGCAGACGUAGAGUUAUUGAUUGGUACCAAUGCCUCUAGGUUACUUGAGCCCUGGGAAGUUGUGAAUAGUCACGGGGACAGACCUUAUGCCAUUCGUACCCUAUUGGGGUGGGUUAUAAAUGGUUCCAUUGGCAGUUGUCAAAAUAAAUGCCAUACUGCUGCAGUGAACAGAAUUGAUGUAAAAAAGGUUGGAAUUGCUAUUGGAGAAGCAAUAUCUGCACGAUUUCAAUGAAAUCACAUCUGAAGACAAGGAAGAAAUGUCUAGAGAAGAUGUGAAGUUCAUGCAAAUUAUGGAAGAGUCUGUAAACUUCAAGGAUGGACAUUACAGCUUGAAACUGCCUUUUAAGAGCAAGGAUGUUACUAUGCCUAACGAUCUCUGCAUUGCCAAACAGCGCCUCCUUGGAAUAAGGAAAAAAUUUGAAAAGAAUAAAAAAUUUCAGCAGGAGUACACAGACUUUAUCAAUAAUAUGGUCGACCAGGGCUAUGCUGAAGAGGUGCCAAAGCCGCAACUUGAACAAAAUGAUGGUAAGGUUUGGUACAUUCCCCAUCAUGGAGUGUACCACCCCUGUAAGGGCAAGUUGCGUAUUGUAUUUGACUGUGGAGCGGAAUUCAAGGGAACUUCUUUGAACAGUCAGUUACUACAAGGUCCUAAUCUUACUAGCUCGUUGAUUGGAGUUCUUCUUAGGUUUAGACAGGAGCCAAUUGCGUUCAUGACAGAUGUUAAGGCAAUGUUUUAUCAAGUUAGGGUGACUGAAGAAGAUAAAGACUUCCUUCGGUUCUUGUGGUGGACCAAUGGCGAUGUAACACAAGAUGUCAUUGAACUCAGAAUGACAGUUAAUUAAUUUAUAGCAGUUUCGUCACCAAGCUGUGCAUGCUUUGCUCUAAGAAAGACUGCAGAAGACAAUCAGCACAGUUUUAAUUUCGAGGUAAUGAAUACUGUCUACAAGAAUUUCUAUAUGGAUGAUUGCCUGAAGAGCCUUCCAUCAGAGAAGGAAACAAUUCAGUUGGCCAGAGAUCUAGCGGCUCUUUGUCACAAAGGUGGCUUCCAUCUGACACAGUGGGUCAGCAAUAGCCGUGAAUUUCUGUAAUCCAUUCCAGAGCAAGACAGAUCUAAGAAUAUCAUUGAGCUAAACUUGGACAGGGAUCAACUGCUGGUGGAAAGGGCUCUAGGACUCCAAUGGUGUGUGCAGACAGACACAUUCAAUUUCAAGACUGUCUGUAAAGAACGAAUGCACAGUAAACGUGGGAUUUUGUCAGUAGUUAGCUCAGUCUAUGAUCCUCUAGGAUACCUAUCACCGCUGAUGUUACCUGUCAAACUCCUUCUACAGGAAUUAGCCAGGACAAAUUAUAGCUGGGAUGAUCAGAUUCCUCCAAUCCUUGAUAAACAAUGGAUCAAAUGGGUAACUGAUCUGGAUCACCUGAGUGCUUUUACAGUUGACCGAUGUUUAAAGCCACAUGGUUUUGGACAACCUGUUGAAGCUCAAUUACACCAUUUCUCAGAUGCCAGUGAAAAGGGAUAUGGCUCUGUUACAUACCUUAGAUUACAGAACAGUCAUAACACCGUUCAUGUCUCCUUUCUGCUGGGCAAAUCCAGAGUGACACCCCUUAAGCCAAUCACCAUUCCUCGUCUAGAGCUAACUGCUGCUACUCUAGCUGUUCGCAUUGAUAAAAUGCUCAGAACAGAACUUCAGCUGGAUUUGAAAGAAUCAUGUUUCUGGACUGAUAGCAAUUCAAUUCAAUUCAAUUCACAUUUAUUUGUAUAGCGCUUUUCACAAUACAUAUCCCUCUAUGGCAUGGUGUUGCCCUCAGGCAACAAACUACCUUUUUGGACCUCACACUGCCCCUUUAAUUUUUUUUAAUUAAAAAAAAAUGUAUAAUAUCACCUGACAUGUCUGUCCAAUCAAAUAAGGGACUAAAGUGGUUGUAGCCUUUUGUUUGGGGGGUGGGGCAGUCCUUUCCGGAAGCAAAGUCGCAUGGGACACAGUGCCACCAAUUGGUAAGUUCAAUUUCACUUUUUAACAUGUUUAAAAUUAAAUAACUUUAUAUAAAAAAAUAUAUGUAUGUGCAUCAGUAUGUAAAGAAGAAUGUUUGAUUGUUUAAAGACACAUUUUGAUUUUAUUUAUAUACUAAAACUGUGUUUUUUUUGUUUGUUGCCUCAGGGCAACACUGUGCAGUUAGACCACUUUUUUUUCGGGCAAUAUGCUAAAUUGGGGAGAUGUGAUCGGAUGCAAAAUUAGGACCACAUGGUGCAUUCAAGUCCUCCUGGGAAGCUCUGUGAAUGCAUCAUAUAUGUGCAAUUUAUGUUAUUAUUAUUAUUAUUAUUAUUAUUAUUAUUAUUAUUAUUAUUGUUGUUGUUAUUAUUAUAAUUAUUAUGUUGCCACAGAGAUGAUGGUGCCUAUCAUCUCAUAAUCUGGCUAAAUGAGUAGUGUUUUCUGGCAAACUUUAUCUCUCUUCUUUAUUAACAGUACACAUAAUGUGUACAAAUUACAUUGAACAGUCAGCAUUAAGAUAUGCAUUUUUCAUGAUCAAUGUUUUUACUAUCUACUGAUACUUACAGGAAAUGGACACAAGACAAUUUUACGGGCGGAAGGAACAUGAUCGAGCAGUUAGGGUCAUUCCUUCUGACAGUGAGGACAGUGAGCUUGAGGAGAGUGAAAAUGAGGACAGUGAGGUUGAGGAGAGUCAUGAAGACUGGAUCCCUGAAUCAGGAGAAUGCCUGUCUCUUGACAAUGACACAGAGUCUGAGGAUGAAGAUGAAGAUGAUGUAGAAGAGGUUGAUGUUCCACGCCUACCCCGAUGGAGAACACCUCACAAUGCACACUUCAAUGCUUGCCCAGAAUGGCAGGACCUGCUUCCAAGAUCUGAUGAUAUCAUGUCCCCCCUCCAGUACUUCAAGCAGUUUUUCUCUGAAGACAUUCUGGAAGUUAUUGUAGAGCAGUAAAAUCUGUAUGCGAUACAAUGUGAUGCAAACAAGCCGCUUAACUUCACCAUAAAAGAAUUGGAGCAGUUCCUGGGGAUUGGGGUGUACAUGUCAUUGUUUGGUUUACCAGGCACCCGCAUGUUUUGGAACAAAGACUGCAGAGUAUCCCAAGUAGCUGACACCAUGACACUGAAUAGAUGGGAGGCCAUCAAAAAACACCUGCACUUCAAUAACAAUGAAGAGAGACACGAGGAUAAUAAUGAUCCACUCCACAAGAUCCGACCACUGGUUACUCAUCUAACCUCAAAACUGACAUCAAUCCCAAUAAGUGAGAAGCUGGCUGUUGAUGAGCAGAUGGUCCCAUUCAAGGGAAGAAACAGACUAAAGCAAUAUCUGCCAUCAAAACCAAAGAAAUGGGGCUACAAGAUUCUGGUCUUGGCUGGCUCUGAUGGUGUCCCGUACAACUUGGAAAUCUACACAGGGAGAGUUGUACAACCCCCUGAGCUAGCAGAUGUGGGAGCAAGUGGCAACGUUGUCCUCUGCCUGGCCCAGCCUAUACCCAAGCAUAAGAACUACAAGGUUUUUUUCGACAACUGGUUUACGAGUGUCCCUCUUGUGCUUACACUGGCUCAGCAGGGAAUUCACUGCACUGGUACUGUUCGUGGCAACAGACUACCAGGUGUCAACUUGAUGUGCGAUGCUGAGCUGAAAAGAGCAGGACGUGGAUCUUUUGAACAGAAGAUGGCCAUGGUGAGAGAAACCACCUUGUAUGCUGUAAAGUGGUACGAUAAUCGCUCAGUGACCCUUCUCAGUGAUUACACUGGAGCCCACCCAGUCACCGAGGUUGACAGGUGGGAUCGCAAGCAAAAGAUGAUCACCAAAGUCCCCUGCCCUGCUGUGGUGAAAGAAUACAACAAGAAUAUGGGUGGGGUGGAUCUUCUUGACUCACUGCUUGCACUGUAUAGGAUCAAAAUCAGAUCAGAGAAGUGGUACCACCGGCUGGUGUUCCACCUUCUGGAUAUGAUCAUCGUGACCACAUGGCUGCUCUACCGAAGAGAUUGUGAAGGUACUGGCAUGAGAAAGAAUGAACAUAUGAAGCUGUAUACCUUCAAAUCCUACAUUGCUGAAGCCCUAUGCAAAAGUGGAAAGAGCCUGGAGCGCAAGAAAGGUCGCCCCUGUUCCACAAUUGCUGGUGAGUAUGAGGAAAAGAGGAGAAAAGGACCCGCUGCUCCAUUUCCAGUCCCUGAUGUGCGCCUGGAUGCCACAGCCCACUGGAUGAUUAUGGCUGAAAAGAAGGGGAGAUGCAAGGUACCAGGGUGCACAGGUACACCAAAAGCCAAGUGCCGGAAAUGUGAUGUUCACCUCUGUUUUACAUCCACCAGCAACUGUUUUCUGAGGUUUCACACAGAAUAGGAAAUCAGAGUAUGCUUUGUCAAAAAGAGAAGCUCUGAUUCAAACAAUAUCCAAAAAACCACACAAACACACAUUCACACACACAUACACACAUAGUCAUUCGGAUGUUGGUUAAUAUAUAAGUGUUACAAUAUGUUUAUAUGAAAUGUCAGAAACAUUUGGUGUUGUAAUUAGUAGUAGUUUGUUUAUUUGAUUGUUCAUUGUUUUUUUUUUUUUUAUUGGUUGGAACCAUUUGUUAUUGAUGUUUGUCAAAAUAAAACAUGUUCUAAUGAAUAUAUUACAUGUUUUCCUUAUUCCACUUAUAUAGAAAACCUUGCUGUUUUAGUACCCUCGUAGCACAUUGUUGCCCUGAGGCAACGAACCAAUAUUUUGUUCAGGGGUGGGGGGGGGGGGAACACAUUUUAUGAUUGGAUAUAUUAUCAGGGACCCCCAAGCUCCCAAAAAAUGG